AUGCUCCUGGCUGCUCUGUGCUGCCUGCUGUGGAGUUUCCGGACCUCCGCUGGCCAUUUCCCUCGAGCCUGUGCCUCCUCCAAGAGCCUGAUGGAGAAGGAAUGCUGUCCAGUGUGGACGGGUGACAGCAGUCCCUGCGGCCAGCUCUCAGGCAGGGGUGCCUGUCAGGACAUCACGCUGUCCAAAGCUCCACUCGGGCCUCAAUACCCCUUCACGGGGAUGGAUGACCGGGAGGCCUGGCCCUCCGUCUUUUAUAAUCGGACCUGCCAGUGCUUUGGCAACUUCAUGGGAUUCAACUGUGGAAAUUGCAAGUUUGGCUUUUGGGGACCAAACUGCACAGAGAAGCGACUUUUGGUGAGAAGAAACAUCUUUGAUUUGAGCGUCCCAGAGAAGAACAAAUUUCUUGCCUACCUCACUUUAGCGAAGCAUACUAUCAGCCCAGACUAUGUCAUCCCCAUAGGCACCUAUGGCCAAAUGAAUAAUGGAUCUACACCCAUGUUUAAUGACAUCAAUGUUUAUGACCUCUUCGUCUGGAUGCAUUACUAUGUGUCAAGGGACACACUGCUUGGAGGGUCUGAAAUCUGGAAAGACAUUGAUUUUGCUCAUGAAGCCCCAGGUUUCCUGCCUUGGCACAGACUCUUCUUGUUGCUGUGGGAACAAGAAAUCCAGAAGCUGACCGGGGAUGAGAACUUCACUAUUCCAUAUUGGGAUUGGCGAGAUGCUAAAAGCUGUGACAUUUGCACAGAUGAGUACAUGGGAGGGCGCAACCCAGCAAACCCGAACUUACUCAGCCCAGCAUCCUUCUUCUCCUCUUGGCAGAUCAUCUGUACCCGAUUGGAGGAGUACAAUAGCCAUCAGGCUUUAUGUGAUGGAACUCCAGAGGGACCAUUACUGCGCAAUCCCGGAAACCACGACAAAGCCAGGACCCCGAGGCUCCCCUCCUCUGCUGAUGUGGAAUUUUGCCUAAGUCUGACACAAUAUGAGUCGGAUUCCAUGGAUAAAGCUGCCAAUUUCAGCUUUAGGAAUACACUGGAAGGAUUUGCUAGUCCACUUACUGGGAUAGCAGAUGCCUCUCAAAGCAGCAUGCACAAUGCCUUGCACAUCUAUAUGAAUGGAACGAUGUCUCAGGUACAGGGAUCUGCCAAUGAUCCCAUUUUUCUUCUUCACCAUGCAUUUGUUGACAGUAUUUUUGAACAAUGGCUCCGAAGGCACCAUCCUCUUCAAGAAGUUUAUCCAGAAGCCAAUGCACCCAUUGGACACAACCGGGAGUCAUACAUGGUUCCUUUUAUACCUCUAUACAGAAAUGGUGAUUUCUUUAUUUCAUCCAGAGAUCUGGGCUAUGACUAUAGCAACCUACAAGAUUCAGAACGGGACAUUUUUCAAGAUUACAUUAAGCCCUUCUUGGAACAAGCAAGUCGGAUCUGGCCAUGGCUCAUUGGGGCUGCUGUGGUAGGCUCUGUCCUCACGGCUGUGCUGGGAAGGCUCACUAGCCUAUUGUGUCAUCGCAAAAGAAAGCAGCUCCGUGAAGAAAGACAGCCCCUCCUCAUGGAAAAGGAGGGUUACCACAGUUUGUUGUAUCAGACUCAUGUAUAA